AUGGUCGCUUUUCUUGAUAUACUAAAACAACUUCAUCCGCUCAGAAGAUGGCUGCAGAAGAAGACAAUUGCGAAACUCCUCCAAACCAAUACCCGGUGCAACGUGGUUAAACCCCUUCUUGCAGUUAACCCAGCCGUUACUCACUCCAAAUAUACAUCGGACCCCUCUCCAGCAGAGGCGGCUUCGCAGGAUAGGAAAACAGAUACGGGAAAUAACUUGGGAUACCGAACAAAACUGUCGACAUCCAGCUGUAGUAGUAGUAGUAGUAGUAGUGGUGGUGGUGGUGGUAGUGCGGCGUUUAAAAGCUGGUAA